AAACAAAACAACCUACAGUUUGGGAUAGUGCCCCUGUCCCUGAAGAUCUUAGUGCUCAGCCAUCCUCAAAACACAGAGAGCUGUACAAACAGUAUGAGGAUGAGAUGAAGCAGUCGUACAAACAGUAUUCUGAGGCAAACAUGGGGAAGUCGCAGGUCACUGAGGAGGAUGUGAACAGAGCGGUGGAGGCCGUAAAAAACACGUACACCAAGUCGGACUCCCCCAGACUGAGGGACAGUGAGGACCUGAGUGAAAGCGGUGAUGAGGAAGAACAGCUGCAGCUCUCAUACACCAACAAGUCAUUCCCGUCUUUUCAAGACUCCAAGAAGAUGGAUGCUACAGAAUUUGAAGAGUUCAAAAGGAAGCAGCAUCUCAUAGAGACUGUAAUGGUUGACCAGCUGUCAAGAGCUGUAAUCAGUGCACCUGAACAAGACACCCGCCCUGCCCCCAGGUCUCACAGGCCAGGUAUGCCCCGGGGAACCAACAGAUCACUCCAUGAAUCCAAGGUCAGCACCAAUACUACAGCCACAGAAAAUCUCCUACAGAGAAGAGUUAGAUUUGGGGCCAGAUUAUUGACAAGAAAUGGCCAUGACGCCAUCAGAGAGCUCACCGGGUUUUUCUUUCAUGUAGAUGGUUCUCUGACGAUAUAUGAAUUCAAACAAUUUGGAAAAAGUGCUAAAGCAUUACCAUUCAUUCCUCGGGGCCAGUACACUUUUGCACGAGGGAGGAGAUUGCAGGAGCCUUACACACUAACAGACAUUUAUCCUGGUGCUAAUUUAGAGUUCAAGACAGCUGGCUUACAUUCUCUGCCUGACUCAGUAAGACAACAAAAGGUGGCUGUUUUCAGAGUAACAGAUGUGGAUGAUGUGGCGAAAUCUAAAAUUAUAUUAUCUGGUGUAAAGCCGUCAGACAGGGAAAAGGCCUAUGCCAGGCUUCAUAUGCCCAAGUCCAAGGCAGAGCUGGAGGAUAGAGUGCUAAUGCUGGAGAUUCAAACAUUUGUCCGUAAACUGCUGAAGAAGCGUGGGGUGAGAACAGUCAUGGGCCUGGGUCAUCACUGUAGGAAACUGGACAGAAAUAACACAGGACUUCUGCCGAGGUUUGAACUGGAGAAAGCUUUACUGCACUACCACAUUGACUUGGGGGAAGGGGUGCUGGCCUCUCUGUUAGCCAUAUUGGAUGAAGAGGGGACAGGAUAUCUGGAUUACCCAGAAUUCCUCAGAACAGUUCUGGGAGAGAUGAAUGAAUACAGGAAGUCAUUUGUUUUGAGAGCAUUUAGGAAGAUUGACGCAGGAAAACAGGGUGUGGUGACAUGUAGUGAUCUGAAGAAGUUUUACAACGCUGCCAAACAUCCCAAAGUCAAAUCAGGUCAGUGCUCUGAGAUGGCAGUUCUCAAGUCAUUCCUUGACUCUUUCCAAUAUUGUGAGAAAACAGAGGAAGUGACAUUCCAAGUGUUUGAGGAAUACUACGAGGGUUUGAGUGUCGGAGUGGAAAAUGAUGAAGAUUUUGCCAACAUUCUGAGAAAUUCUUGGAAUCUGUAAAACUAUAAAUCACACAAAAUUUCACUGUGUUUUUAAUGUGUGAUUGUGGGUAGAUCUUUAGUAUAUAUUUUUAGUAUCUAUGUGCUACCGGACCAAACUUAGCAUUCCUGCAGUGGUGGCCCUCACUAAAAUCACAGCAUCUGCCUACAACAUGUUGUGUGAUUUGGUGUGUACAUAACUGAGGAUGAACAAGGCUUUAUUUCCAUUUGCCUAGCAAAAAAAUAACACACGCAGAAAGUAUUAAUAGAAAGUGACUCAUCUAUGCUCACUCAAUUUGUUAUACUUAAGAUAUGACAGUAUGUAAGCACAUUAUAAUUUUUUUUCUACUUAUAAAUUGUGAAAUGUCUCCAUUUUGUCUACAGACAUACAUUAUGUAUACAUGUGUACAUGUCAGUCAGGCCACCUGAUAUACAUAUAUAAUAACAGGGGGCCUCCCUGGCUCCUUUGAUUAGCACGCUAGCGCAGCGUAAUGACCCAGGAGCCUCUCACCAAUACGGUGGCUGUGAGAUCAAGUCCAGCUCAUGCUGGCUUCCUCUCUGGCCGGACAUGGGAAGGUCUGCCAGCAACCUGCCCAGUUUCCUUUCACCAUAAUGUCUGCCUGGCGUGGUAUAAGUGAAAUAUUCUAGAGUAC